AUGGACACUGCUCCGCCCAAAGAGCAGCCCGGGCAGGCUGGACUUCUGGUCUAUGACCAGCUCCCCGCAAUACCGGGACCGUCCAGAGAGGAGCGACCGUACCGAUGGGCUGAGGGAAGUUUGGGGACCGAGGAGGGUAUAGCCGACUCGAGGCGGGAGCCGCCGCCGCUAGUGCUGGCGAAUGAUAGCGACACCGACGAGGCUCUCUCCGAUGCUGACAGCAACAAGAGCUGGAGGAGUGGGCGAGCAAGCAUUCUGCCCCCUGUGGGGAGAUUCGGAGUGCAAAGCCGAGGCACUGGAGUGCCUUAUGCACUCUAUGAAACUGUUCUCGGCAUCGCAGACUCCAGAAACCGGCAUCGGGUGGCGCUGGAGGAGGAGCGCACGCGCGCGGCAAAGGAGCUCGUUCGAGUGGAAAGGGCCCACGCUCGAAAGCUGGCCGAGAUUGGCAGCCUGACUGGGGACAGGCUGGCAGAGACCCAACACCUCAUAGCGGGGCUACGUGGACUCGUGGAGGGGAUCCAAAAGUGGCUGAAUUUUGAGAUGGAUGCUCCCAUUAAGACCAUAGGGAGCAUCCACCUCGAACUACAGAGAGUGAUGGCCGGGCGCCUUCCGCAUCACGGAUUGGAGGGGGAUGCUGGGGGGGACUCGCGGGUUCCGCAGACUCUGAACUCCAUCCGAACACCCGGCCCGGACCCCGAUUUGCUCUCUCUGGGGUCAAAAAUGCAGGGACUUGCAAACCAGUUUAGGGCCCUGCAAGUCGAUAUUGAGAGGUGGCGCCUCGAGAUGGACGAGAUGACACGUGGCCGGGCGGGAGCUGAGUGCUUCCGCGGGGAGCCUGCCAUGCCUGAGAGCGACUGCACCCGGGGGAAGAUGGAGGACAUCACCCAGCAGCUCAAACAGCUACAAGAAGCGGUGGUCGAGAGGCACCAGGCCCUGUCGCCGCCCUUUCCCCCGGAGGAUGCGCGUGGGGCAUGCUUGCUGACGGAGGGGCCUGCGAUGGAUCUACUGCGGUCGAUCAGGUCUGAGAUCUCAGAAGUGAGGGACCUCAUUCUCAUAGAGCCCAGAGCGCCUGGCACUGUGACGGACCUUGGUGGCGAGUUGGCAAGUUCUGAGACCAGAGAUGCGGUGAGGAGCGCCAUUGGACCCCUAGAGUCCAAGCUCGAUGACCUGGCGGGUCGCACCUCGGAGAUCGGUGAGACGGUGCGAACCUACGCAGGGGUACUUAGGAGCCCCCCAAACCCCAGACAGCAAUCUGGUCCGCACGGGGGACGGCCCGGACCGUACACCGAUUCAGAGGACCAGGACCUCGUACGGCCUCAUUGUGGAGUCCAUCAAUCCACACCACUCCGGUGGGGACGUCAUCGACGCACUGAAGAGGGGCGUGGACGUCGUCUCUCUCGGAGUAGGGGUGAAGGGACUCAGAAGACUAAGGAGGGGCAGGGUGGUCUGAGGGAUGCCAUCAGAGCGCCCAACACAGGACUCCCGGCGGUGGAAGCUUAG